AUGGCGGAACCUCUUACCCCCACACAUCCAUCGGUGACGAAUGCCAUGAAAGCGCUUACAGAGAGCAUCAUCCGUGACAGCCGGCUUGAAGCAAAUGCGCAACCCUCUCUCAAGGAGAAUAAUGCCCCAAAGCCCACUGCCAAAACCAUUUCUAAACCCACUUCUAAAGCCACUCCCGCCUCGGGAAAGAAGCGCAAGGCGGCGGAAACAUCCCUAGAAGAAGAAAUCGCAGCAUACAAGGCAGAUCUCGACGAUGUUAUCUGCACAGACGAUUUCGAGAACGAUCCACUUCCCAGCUGUGGCUCUAUCCGCGCAAAGAUGAACAAGCUCUUCGAUUCAGGCGUCAUGAACAAGUUAGAAUUCUGCAGAGCCACAGGCACAAACUUCAACUCGCUCAACAAUUUUCUCAAGCAAAAGGGCCCCUACGGCGGUUCUGAUAGUUGUGUCUGGCGUAAUGCAUACGGUUGGUUCAAGCAGCGUGAAGUCAUGGGUCUCAAGAUGCCUGAUCCCAAGAAACGCCGCAUCGCAGAGGCGAAAAAGAACGAAGCAGAGGGAAAGACUUCCAAGGGAGAAUCAUCAAAGAGUGUAACAGGUCUUCCCGACAUAAGCAACAUCCAUCUCCCCGAUGAGGAAAUAGACGACGUACCUGUCUACGACGACUGCGAUGAAAUCCGUCGCAAGAUCAAUGCUCACUUGAAGACCACCAAUGUCACCGAAGCGCAGUUCUGUCGGGACCUGUACGCACAGUUCAAAGUGCCCACGUGCAAGGGAAUCCAGUCAAAGCAACUAUCCGACUUUCGAUCGACCAAGGGAUCGAAUUGUGGUGCCAAGAGCUCGGUGUACUACGCGGCAUACGUGUAUUUUGAGAAGCUGAGGAUUGCGCAGGGGAAACCCAUGAGCCAUCAUCAUGCGUUGAAUAUGGACUUGAAUCCUGGGGGGUUGCCAAGGGAUGUCGAUGGUAGAGCUAUUGUUUAA